UGCGAUCGGUUCUUAAUAUUAGUCAUUUUGUAUGUAGUUGAGGAUCCAUUUGACAAAUCAUCAUCAACUCCUUGAACCAUGAAGAUAUAUAGUAGGACUCAUAGCCAAUGUCUAAGUGGCUUUAUUUAUUUAAUAUUAGUCGUUUUGCUUGCCAUUUUCUCGAAAUUCAGUCAUUUAUUUAUUAUUAUUAUCAUAAUGGAUUUAUAUUCUGUAAUUUUAUAAUAUUUUAUUUCCAAGAUAGCUGGCUCAGAAUCAAAUACAAAUAUGGUACCGAGGCGGAGAAAGGGCUGAAAAGCACAUGCAACCAUGUAGCUAAAUAUAGAUUUUUUUUAUACACAAAAAAAGGACUAUGAUCGGUACUCGGUUUUGCUGAGCUAAUCGAUCAAAUCAUAUAUCCCCAUGUGAUGAGAGAAAAAUCACAGAGCUAUAAUUAAAUUACUAAUUAAUUGGUUCACAUUACUCAUGAAUUAUGAUUAAUUUACUAAGAAAGUUGGGCUAUAUUUCAUAAUUAAAAAACCAUUUUGAUUUCAUUUUAUAUCCUAAUAAUAAUAUAAUACAAUGAUUUAAUGUCUUAAUAGAUCUCUUAUAGGAAUCUCACCAUAGUCAUCCCAGAUGGAUGCGAAAUAUAGCAAAAGUAAUAAUCAAGGUAGUUAAAAGCGCGAUUUUAUGUAUAAUGUUUUGGUGAUAGAAACAUGAUAGCGUAAGCUUCUAAAUUUUAAAGCGCAAUUUUUAUAUUAGUAAGGAAAAAAAGUGUGAUUAUAUGUAGAAGUAUUUUGAUAACUUAGAGACGUAAAAACACAAACUUUUAACCUUCAAUGUGCGAUUUUGACUGUAUUAGUUAUAAUAAUGAAUUUUUUUCAAUAGUAAUGCAACAGAGAAGUACAUAUACGAGGGUUAUAGUAGAGGUCUCCCAUGAGAGAGGAAAACGAAGCCAAAUAGGAGCAUUAUUAUGACAAAUCUCGUGCAUCAUUACCUGUAUCUAUCAUUUUAAAAGAGUACAUCGAAAUGUUUCACACGCAACAUGCCUUAGAGAAAGAGUUUACGUUAUAUUAUUGAUGAUUAGCACAUUAACAAUGAUAAUUCUUGUGGGGAAGUAUAAGUAACUCAUGAGAAAUCAAUCAUAUUAAAAAAAAUAUCGAUAAGUAACUCGUGAGAAAUCAACCAGAAUAAGGAAAGUAUCAACACCCACACAACAAAUGGACUCAAUUACCUAUUCUCACACCAAACUUUUUUAACUUCCGUAUUAGUUCUUUCCCCUACGCUCUACACCAUAUCAACUUCUCCAUCAACUAAAAAAAAUUGACGAAUCUCACAAAACAUAUUUCGAUAACACCUUUUUAAACCUAUUUCAUGAUCCAUUUAAGCAUUGAGCACCUUCUCACCAAAGUUCAUCUGCACCCAAAUAACAUCAAAUCAUCACAUACAGAUAAGAUAACUAAACUGCAAAAGCCUAAAGCUAAAAAGUAGCAAGUGAUAGGUUAGCUUAGCACUUAACAUCAGGCUAAACAUGAAAAGUGAAAACAACUCAUAAGGGUCCAAAUGUGACAUUAGUACAUAAAACAAGGACCCCAAGAAUAAUUAACCAAUCCCAAAAAGUACAAAGAAAUACAUCAUCCCAUUUCCCACCAUCAACCUGCACCCACUUGCUCUUCCCCCUGAGCUCCCUAUCUAUUUAUAGAUAUUAGAUCCUUCUCUACAACACCAAUCUCAAAAACUCCAUCUGAACAAACUUCCUCUGUUUUCAAGAGAGAAAAAAACAGAGCAACAAAACCCAACUCAUAUUUAACAAUGGGAAUCCGCAGCUUGUUGUCUUCCUCCGUGAUGGUCGGAGCCAGGAAGAUAAUUAUGAAGGGGAAACGCCGCAACCAACAACAGAAUCGCCACUGCCAACACAGCUUCCAAUCCCCUGCUGCAGCCAAAGCAGAGGAUCAUCAUCGUCGCCGCGCCGCGGUGCCGAAAGGGCACAUUGCAGUUUACUUAUUGGGCGGUGAUGAUCAUCAGCAGCAGAGCAGAAGAAAGGAGGAGGAGGAGGAGGAGACGGCGGCGAUGAAGAGAUUUGUGGUGCCGAUUUCGUAUGUGAACCAUCCGAUGUUUGGGGAGUUGCUGGAUAUGGCGGAAGCAGAGUUUGGGUUCAAUCACCCAAUGGGAGCUCUGACUCUACCCUGUGACGAGGAUUCGUUUCUUCACCUCAUAUCUUCCCCUGUUUUGAUUCGUUCUCUACAUCAGUAGUUAUUGAGGGAUUAGAAUAGAUCAUGGUGUAAUUAAGAGAAUAAUGAAGCUUAUGUGUAUCAUAUGUAGACCAAAAGAUUUUGUAUUGGUUCCAUACAUGGAUAUAUAUAAAGAUCGAAUUAUAUAUAUAGAGUCUACAAUGCCACGCUCAAAAGUAAUGUCCAUGUUGUCCUCCAAGAGAAUGCGGGUUUGCAAGCUCAUGCAUUCCGUAGGGAUAGACGAGACUGUGCUUCGAGAGCCAGUCCGUGACUCUAUUCCCUUUCCGGUAUGUAUGAGUGAUGCUCACCAACCAAUCUUGGCUUAGUUUACUGCGAAUGGCGGAAAGGAGCGUUGAGUACAGGUGCACAUGAUCAUGCCGAUUCUUAAUGAGCAUAAUGGAUAGAUAUGUGCUAUAAUGGAAAUGAGAUGAAUUAGUACUCAUAAAUUUUAGGAGGGUGAUAAGAUAAAGUGAUUCGAAACUAAUUGAUAUGAUGCAUUGUUAGUUUAGAAGUUUUGAGGUGUAUUAAGAGGUCUUAGGUUCAAAUUUUUGUAUCUGUGAAACCAUAAAUAUUCAUCGAAUUUUAAACGAAGGUCAGAGGCGUAUAAAUUGCUCACCCCCUUACAUGCAUGAAUUUAUAUAUAGGAGAAAUGUUUCAUUGGUUCAAAUGUACUGAUGGAAUCUAAAACCUACUAAAUUGAAUUUAGGGGAAAUCCAAAAUCCUCAUUUUCUUGUUUGAAAUGGAACACAUAAUAUUCUCGAUAUAAAAAUGGUAUGUGUGAACUAAUAAUUAAUUAACUAUCGAUCAAUCUUGGCAACCAAGGAAUCAUGUAUUUCCUAAUUAGUUGACAUUCCUACUUAACCAUUUGUAUAAUCUUCUAACCUUCGCUUAAUUGCUUAUUUUAAUAUAUUUUUUUCUAUCCAUGACAUCAUCCAUCCUUUUAAUAUUUCCCCCUUUUAUUAUUUGUUCAUUGUGUAUAUUUUUGUAUUAUUAAAACCACAAAAAAGAAAAUAUAUAUUUGUAUAUCAUUAGUAUAUAUCCAAUUUCUACAAAAAAAAAGUAUAUAUCCAAUCCAAGUUAGGUGGAUAAGAAUAAAUGCAAUACCGAGGAAAUAUAAUUCAUUCGGAAAAGAUCAAGAAAAGCACAUGCAUUAUGUUUUUUAAAUUAUAAUUAGAUUUCUUCUAAUUAUUGAUUUAUUAUAGGAAAGAAAAACGGUACUCGGUUUUGCUGAGCUAACCAAUCAAUGAUACAGCCAUGUGACAACUGACAAUAGCUUCAUGGAACUUUUCCUUUGUUAUAAUUCUUUAUAUAAUAUAUAUAUAGGCUUUGUGAUAAUUCAUUGGAUUCAACAUUUAACAGAUUAAUUUACUGAGAUUCAAAUCGGUUUUAUUUUCAGGAAAUAAUUAAUUGGUUCCAAAGUUCACCUAGUUACCAUUUACGCAAGUUAAUUUCCAGAAAGGUGAUUAAACUUAGAUAAUAAUAAUAAAAUCUUUAACAAUUUGUUCUCGUUUUUGCCUCAAUCAGGCAAAAAAAGAGCUUCUAAGUCAUGACGUCAUGCACACAACUAUAGGAGUUACCAACAAUAAUCUUAAAAAUGGUCAACAACGAAUCAUUAACAUACAAUCCUUCCUAGUGAAACUUCUUUAUAAGACUAUUAUCUAAACAUAACUGAGAGAUGAGUAAGGGAUUUUCCUGAGCUAGACAAAAUAUUUUCAACGACUAAAUAUUAAACAGUUUAAACAAGCAAAACAAUGUCAGAACAUUGAUAGUUACCGUAGACAAAACAACUCCUCCCAAAGCCUUUCAAAUCGUGCAUCUAUAUUUGAAAUCUAUAUGUCUCUAAAUCGGGGGAAACCCAACUCGUGGAAGAAGAAUCGAGAGAAGGAAUAGGAAGAAAGAGUGGAGAGAAUUGAACAAAGUGUGCAUAGCUAGAGUGUUGUUUGUUCGUGUGUCCAUAAAAACAAAAGCAAUGUUCAUAUUGUGAAUUGGUAUAGAAUAAGUACACUGUACACAUACGGGUAAUUACCUCCCAAAUAAUUAUACUAAUAAAAUUGGCACAUUCCUCCCACCUUCACCCUUUUUAUUCCUUAAUCCUUCCCCAGCUUCUCAUUUAUAAAUACCUCUGCCCUAAACCCAUAUUUCCAACUAAGUACACGAAGAAAUUUUCUCCUCCCAUCAAAUUCUCUGCUCACUUCAAAGUUUUUAUUAUUCACCCGAAUUUGUGCCUCAUUCAUGUUUCUUAAUGCAAAUAUAAUUUCUUAGUUGCGUUUGUUAGUUUAUUUUGAUAUAGCUAAGUAGCACCGUCUUCCUCCCUCUACUCCCAAUAAAUCAUUUAUAAUAUGAGAAAAUUAAGAUUCUCAUUCCAAAAGUUAGUAAUCGAGUAACUGCACAAUAAAAAAAAUAUGUGCAAUAUGUUAGUCGAAAAACAUAAAACAUGAUGAGAUUCAUACUAUAAAGUUAAAACAUCGCAACCUGCUAAGUAAAGCGGCGUAAGUAAGGAAUAUGGUUACUGCGUAUCUCCCGCGAACUGAGUCUAAUUGGAUUUACGUCAUAAUUACUUGCUUCUGGCUUGAUUUGCUGCAAGCUAGAAGAAUCCGUUGAAUAUGCUAUGCUAGAGGGCCCAAUCGCACACCCUCAGCCUAUUGUGGAGUUGCCAGUGCAGCCCGUCCAUGUCGAAGCUGCAUGUUACGUGGAUUUCUCAGAAAAUCCACGCACGCGAAUCUUUUGGAUAAGUUGCUUGAACACUCUCGAAUUGAGGACCUCCUUGAUGGCGAGAUCAACCCCAAAUUACCUUACAACUACUCCUAAGAAACACAAAGCAAUAAACUCAAUUGCGUUCC